CCGCUCGCGAGACCGAGACCUCUACGGCACCGGGGAACCGGACCAGCACAAGUUCAAGAAGCCGGAUAACGAGACACGAGAAGAAGGAGCGCACCGCUCCUCCUUUCUUUUGUCUUCUUCUUCUUCUGUUCUUUGCGUGUCAUUUCUUCUUCUUCUUCUUCUUCUUCUUCUGCAACUCGCGACUCUGAUUUUCCAGCGGAACUUCUUGGAGUCCCUCCCGCUCCUCGUUGCGUGGAUCUAAACAACAAAAGGAGCCUCUGGAUUUGUCCUUUUUUCUAUUUUUUUGUUCUCUCUUCAAAUUUCAAAGGAUACGAUUUCAAUGAUCAGAGCUUUUGGAAUAUGGGACUUUUAAUCUGUGCUUUGCACCUCGGGGACACGCGGCUGUGCGCCGGGGCUCCGCUCUGGGUUCUCCUGAUAACUCUGGCCGGUAAAGUCUCUCCGACCGGCUCCGAUGCGCUCCUCGGCUCCUCGCCGGUGACCGGCAGUCCUCCGCCGCCCGGCGUGUACCUCCCCGCCAACUUCAAAUUGUCCAAUGCGCAGCUGGCGUUCUUCCUGCGGGAGACUCGGACCACGGGGACGGCGGUCGGCGGCGGCGUCCCGAGCGCCGGAAACCCGCUGCAGCGCUCCGAGAGCUUCGUGGUCUUCCAGACAAAAGACCUCCCGGCCAUCAACGUCAGCUUCGGGCCGUUCUCCCGGGACCAGGCGCUCUCCAAGGAGCUGCUGCUGCCGGCCGGCCCGCUGGACAUCGCCGGCCAGCUGACGGUGAACUGGAAGGUGAGGGCCUUCAUCGUGCAGCCGCGCGUCUUCUCCAGCAACCCCGCCGUGCAGGUGUUCUUCUACAUCGCCGGCCGCGACUGGGACGACUUCAAAGCCCGGGACCGGCUGCCCUGCGUCCGGCUGCACGCCUUCCGGGACGUCCGCGAGAUCAAAACCUCGUGCCGCAUGACAGGAAACCUGGCGCAGUGCCUGGCGCAGCUGGAGCUGCCGGCGUCCUGGUUUAACGCCAACGUGGCGCCGCUGGGUCGGAGGAAAGGCGGCGGCGGCGGCAUGUUGGACGGGCUCACCGGGGAAACCCUGCAGGCGGAGCUCUACUACACGCUCCACGGGACCCGACUGGACGGGGAGUGCAGCGAGGGCGGCCCGGGUCGCGGCGGCGGCGGCGGCGGCUCGAGGGCGGAGCCUCCGUCUCAGCACCCCCUGCUGCGCAUCGGGAGCAUCAGCCUGAACCCGGCAGGCCAGCAGCAGCUGCUGGUGGAAAAGCAGCUGGACCAGAACAUGUUCCUCCGGCUGCCCGAGAAGCCCCUGAAGCCCGGAGAGACGCUCCGGAUCUUCCUCUACCUGAUGCCCAACUCCACCGUGGAGCAGUUCACCCUCAAGGUCAAAGCCAAGAAGGGGGUGAACCUGCUCGAGACCCAGUCGAAGAACGCCCAGUGGAAGGUGGACUGGGAGAUUCAGUCCGGCGCCAAGCACUCCAUCACCACCAUCGACGUGAACAAGAACCGAGCGGUCAAACAGGGGGAUUUUUUGGGCAACGUGGAGGUCAUGCAGCUGCACUUCGAGAUGGAGAACUUCACCAGCCUGUCAGUGACCAGGAGGAUCAACUGGAACAUCGACUACAAGGGGCAGAACCCGCCCCCCGACUCUGAGAAGGUGGUGACGGAGCUGACGGUGGUGCAGCGAGACAUCCAGGCCAUUCUCCCUCUGGCCAUGGACACUGAGAUUAUCAACACGGCCAUCCUGACCGGACGCACCGUCGCCAUUCCCGUCAAAAUGGUCUCCAUCGAGAUGAACGGAGCGGUCACCGACGUCUCGGCCUUCGUGCAGUGCAAGUCCUCCAAUGAAGACAUCGUUAAGGUGUCCAUGAAUUGUGACUACGUGUUCGUCAACGGGAAGGAGACGCGGGGAUCCAUGAGCGCGAGGGUGAUCUUCAGCUACGAGCACCUGAGCGCGCCGCUGGAGCUGACCGUCUGGGUGCCCAAGCUCCCCCUGCUGGUGGAACUGUCCGACAACAACCUGAGCUUCAUCAAAGGCUGGAGGGUUCCCAUCCUGCCCGACCGAAGGAGCACCAGAGACAGCGACGCGGACGACGACGACGACGAGCGCCGGGUGAGCCGGGGCUGCACCCUUCAGUACCAGCGGGCCCUGGUCAAGGUGCUGACCCAGUUCCACACCACGUCCACGGAGGGCACCGACCAGGUCAUCACCAUGCUGGGGCCCGACUGGCAGGUGGACGUCACGGACCUGGUCCAGGACUCGCUGAAGGUGGGCGACCCCAGGAUAGCCGAGCUGGUGGACCGGACGGUGCUGGUGGGUCUGGAGCUGGGAACCACUGUGCUGAAGGUGGAGUCUCCUCUGGCGGUGGACGCGGUGUUGGGGGAGUCGGCGUUCUCCGUCACAGACGACAAGGUCUCCAUCACGGAGUUGCGAGUCCACGUUGUCUCCGGCCUGACGCUGUCGCUGCAGCCCAGCCCCGGCAACAGCCACACCAUGGUCGCCAAGGCGACCGGCAUCCAGACGCUGGCGGCGCCCAAACAGGAGGCCAGCCUGUCGGUCUGGAUGCUCUUCAGCGACAACACGGCGGCCAGCCUGACGACCUUCGACCUGAAGGACUACCGCCUCAACGCGUCCUCGCUGGACGAGCGCGUGGUGUCCGUCUCCCAGGAGCCUCAGCGGCGCUGGCCCGUGCUGGUGGCCGAGGGCGAGGGCGCCGGCGAGCUGGCGCGCUUGGAGAUGACCAUCGGCGAGGCGUGCCAGAAGACCAAGCGCAAGAGCGUCGUCGCCGCCGCCGCCGUCUACGUCAAGGUCCGCUUCGGGCCCGAGGAAGACUCCGAGGAAGAGGCCGCCGCCGAGGGCGAGACGGAGGCGCCGCCGGGCGGCGGCGGUGGGCGGGGCUACGAGGCGUCCGACGAGCAGCCGGCCAGCGUUCCCAUCGACUACAGCAACUUCCCCACCGGCGGCGCCCAGGAGAGACCGCCCGCGAGCGACGAAGAGGAGGAGGAGGAGGAGGAGGACUUUGUGCAUUCGCCGCGCAGCAUGACCGACCUGGAGAUCGGGAUGUACGCCCUGCUGGGCGUGUUCUGCCUCGCCAUCCUGGUCUUCCUCAUCAACUGCAUCGUCUUCGUGCUCAAGUACCGGCACAAGCGCAUCCCGCCGGAGGGCCAGGCCAACGCGGACCACUCCCACCACUGGGUGUUCCUCGGCAACGGCCAGCCGCUGCGGGCGCAGGGCGACCUGUCGCCGCCGCGGGCGGAGAGCCCCGCCCCCCUGGAGGGCGUCCAGACGUGCUGCCACAGCAGCGGCAGCUCCCAGACCAGCGGUCAGAGCCAGGUGCACGGGCGCGGCGACGGCAGCUCCGGGGGCUCGGCCAAGGAGGCCGGCGAGGACGGCAGCUCGCCGACCUCCAAGCGCAAGAGGGUGAAGUUCACCACCUUCAGCACGAAGCCGGCGGAGGAUCCGCCCUACAACGCCGUCCCCGCCGCCGACGAGGAGGACAUCCAGUGGGUGUGCCAGGACAUGGGCUUCCAGGACCCCGAGGAGCUGCACGCCUACAUGCGCCGGAUAAAGGAAGUCGCCUAGAGGCGGCGGCGGGGGGGCGGGGCCUUCUGCUCGAGAAACGUUUUUUUCCGUUCUACUUUUUCCUCUUCUUCUUUGUUUUUUCUUU